AUGGAGAAGUUCGGGAUGAAUUUCGGGGCUGGCCCGAGCAAGAGGGACCUGCUGGAGACCAUUGAGAGCCAGAAGAAGCAGCUCCUCCAGUAUCAGGCACGGCUCAAGGAUGUGGUCCGCGCCUAUAAGAGCCUCCUGAAAGAGAAAGAGGCUCUGGAGGCCAGCAUCAAGGUGCUAUCCGUAUCCCACGAGGCGGAUGUGGGCCUCGCAGGUGCCCAGCCUCCAGACCACACCUCUCCCGACUGCGUGGAUGACCGGUGCUCCACUCACAGCGAGGACAGCACUGGGACCGCCACCAGCUUGGACACCACGGCCAGUCUCACUAGCACCAAGGGUGAGCUUGGGGCAGAAGAUGACAGGCUGGCCCGUGGGCCACCACCUCUCAAGUCCGAAGAGGCUAGUGGGUCCGAGAGUGGUGUUAGCACUAGCAGCGGGGACGGACAGCCGGCGGGCGGGGAGGUGGACAAACGAUUGCACCAGUUGAAGACUCAGUUGGCCACUCUGACGAGCUCUUUGGCCACAGUCACCCAGGAAAAGUCCCGCAUGGAAGCUUCUUAUCUGGCUGACAAGAAGAAGAUGAAACAGGACUUGGAGGAUGCCAGUAAAAAGGCAGAGGAGGAGCGGGAGCACCUGGAGGGAGAAUUGAAGGAGCUGCAGGAGCAGAUAGCAGAAACCAAAGCCAGACUCAUCACACAGCAGCACGAUCGGGCCCAGGAGCAGAGCGACCAUGCCGUGAUGCUGCGUGAGCUCCAGAAACUGCUGCAGGAAGAGAGGACCCAGCGCCAAGACUUGGAGCUCCGGUUGGAAGAGACCCGAGAAGCCCUGGCCGGGCGGGCACACGCCGCUGGUCAGAUGGAAGGGUUUGAACUGCAGGCUAAGCAGCUGACCCGCGAGGUGGAGGACCUCAAAGCUGAGCUGCAGGCGCUUCGAGCUGAGAAGAGUCGGCCAGACCCCCGGCUGCAGGAGCUUCAGGAAGAGGCCGCCUGCCUCAAGAGCCAUUUCCAGGCCCAGUUGCAGCAGGAAAUGAGGAAGACAGCCCUUGCAGAGGAUCAACUCCGCCAGCAAUCUCAGCUGGAAGAGAAGAGGGUGGCAGCCCUGGAGAACCAAAUAUCCGAGGUGUCGGAGCUGCUGGGCACCUAUGAGAAAGCCAAGCAGAAGGACCAGCUGGCCAUCCAGAAGCUGAAGGAGCGCAUUCUGCAGCUGGACCUGGAGAACAAGACGCUGGCUCUCGCAGUCUCGAGCCGGUCCCCUCUAGACAGCCACGCAGAAGAGUCCAGUCUGGAUGUCAAUGUCCUGAAGGACAAGAUGGAGAAGCUGAAGAGGCUGCUGCAGGUGGCAGCCAGGAAAAGCCAGGUGACCUUGGAUGUGGAGAAGCUCUGCCACCUGGAGAUAAUGCCCAGCUCCGAGGCUGCGGACGGGGAGAAGGCUACUGCGCUCUACUACCAGCAGGAGCUGAAACAGCUGAAGGAGGAGUUUGAGAGGUACAAGAUGAGGGCCCAGGUCGUCCUCAAGAGCAAGAACACCAAAGACGGCAACCUGGCCAAGGAACUGGAGGAAUCCCAGGAGCAGCUCGCGGAGCUGAAGGAGAAGUACAUCUCCCUGCGGCUGUCCUGCGAGGAGCUCGAGCGCCAGCACCAGCAGGAGGCCGAGGACUGGAAGCAGGAGCUGGCCCGGCUGCAGCAUCAGCACCGGCAGGAGCUGGAGCGGAGCCAGCUGGACUUCAGGGACCGCACGCUGAAGCUGGAGGAGGAGCUGCACAAGCAGCGGGACCGGGCCCUGGCGGUGCUGGCCGAGAAGGACCUGGAGCUGGAGCAGCUGAGGGCGGUGGCGUUGUCUUCUGUGCUGCCGGGGCGCAGAAGCCCCGUGGGUGGCGGGGACCCCGGGGACCCCGCUGACGUAGCUUCCCCUGAUAACCUGACCCAAGCACUUCAGCUUGCUGCGGCCAACGAGCCCACGUUCUUCCUGUACGCCGAGCAGUCGGCCCGCAAGGAGGUGGAGAUCACAUGCCUGAGGAAGCAGAAGCACAGGCUGGAGGCGAAGGUGCACCAGCUGCAGGAGCGGCUGCUGGAGGAGGGGGAGCGGCACCGAGAGGAGGUUGGGGUUCUCCAGAGCCACAUUGAGAAGAACACCAGGGACCAGAGUCGGGAGGGAGCCAAUCUGGAGUACCUCAAAAACAUCAUUUACCGCUUCCUGACCUUGCCGGACAGCCUGGGCCGCCAGCAGACGCUCACGGCCAUCCUGACCAUCUUGCAUUUCAGUCCAGAGGAGAAACAAGUGAUAAUGCACCUCCCACCCAGUGGUAGCUGGUGGCCUUCUGGCAAGAGAUGA